CGUCGUGAGACCGACAAUGAGAGGGUCCAAUUCCGAGGAGUGGUCCAUCGUCACUCUCCAUAUCUCUGGCAUGACCUGCACAUCAUGUACGCAGGCGGUGGAGGCGGCGUUGGGUCAGGUCGAUGGCGUGCUGUCGGCUCAUGCAUCAUUGGAUGAACAUCUGGUUCGAAUCUCGUAUCAUCCGUCAAAGGUCUCGAUUGCCCGGCUGGGUGAAGCGGUGGAAAGCGCAGGCUUUGAACUUGCUACGCGAUCGGAGCUGGUCUCGACAGCCGGCUCGCUCACGACGGCGACCUCGAUCGGGUCGCUGGUCUCGGGCGAGUCUGGACAGCAGAGAGAUGGAGGUGAUAGCGGGCUGGCUUCGCUCCGCAUGGCGGCUCGCGGUGCACCUGGCGUAGUGGUUGUGGUGGCUAUCGACGGCAUGACCUGCUCGUCGUGCACAAGCUCGGUGACGGCGGCGUUGGGCGAGCGCGUGGCCGGCGCGCAGGUCGAGGCUCUCUCGCUCGAUCCGGGCCUUUUGGUGGCCAGCGUUAAGGGUAACAUCGUGCCGGGCACAGUGGCGGCCGAGGUGGCGGCAGCAGUGGAGGGUGCUGGCUUUGAUGCCAGAGUGGUGUCUGCAGUCCCGCUCGCCGAGCUGGCAGGCCAGCAGGUGAGCAUCAUUGCGGUCGACGGUAUGACGUGCGGUUCGUGCGUGGCGGCAAUCCGCGGUCAGCUACCCAAGCUCGAUGGCGUGCUCGGUCUCGACGCGGUCGAGCUCACGCCGGGUCUUGUGGUCGCGCGGCACAACGAGCAGCAAAUCGACAGGGCCGGUCUGGUGUCUGCGGUGGAGGCACUCGGGUUUGAUGCGCGGACGGUGGCGAGCGUGACCGGCGAGCUUGCAAGCCUUGCUGCGCACGCCCGAGUCACACUCGAGGUGCUCGGCAUGACGUGCGGGUCGUGCGUGGCGGCGAUCGAGUCGAACCUUCCGCUGACGCGUGGCGUUGACCGGGUUCUCUCGGUCACGCUAGUCUCGGGCGGGGCAUCGACGGUGGAGGUUAUUCUCGAUCGCGCGGUCGGCACCAUCGAUGGGCUGGUGGGCGCUGUUGAGGAUCUCGGCUUUGACGCGUCUGUGGUCGGUGAGCCGACGCCACUUUACGCACUGACGGUCGGCGUGACAGGCAUGACGUGCUCGUCGUGCGUCAACUCGAUCACCGGAGCGCUCCGGGUGCUGCCUUUUGUGGAUACUGCGGUUGUCUCGCUCGACGACGAGACGGCAGUGGUCUACGCUGACACCGCUCUUGACAGCGAGGCAAAGGCGCAGGUGCGGGGCGCGAUUGAGGACGCCGGCUUUGACGUUGUCGAGGGGCGGGAGCAUGCUGCGGUGGUCACACGGUCGCUGCUAUCCAAGGCGUCGUCGGGAACGCAGUCGGGCGGCAGAGGAUCUGCAAGUGACGCAGCGGGCGGCGCAGGCCAAAGUGGGUCCCGGGUCAGUAGCAGUGCACAGCGGGCGGUGUUUGGGGUGAGUGGCAUGUCGUGCGCGUCGUGUGUGCGGUCGAUCGAGAACCACUUUGCGGCGCGGCCGGGAGUGGUCUCGAUUGUGGUUGGCCUGCUCGCGGAAAAGGCCGAGGUCAUGUUUGAGCCUGAGCAGACGAGCGUGGACGAGCUCGUGGCCGAGUUUGACGAGAUCGGGUUCGGCGCCGAGUUCCUGGAGGCCGAGACGUCGCAGCUGACGCACACACGACUGGACGUGGACGGGAUGACGUGCUCGUCGUGUGUGCAUACGAUCGAGAGUAACGUGGGCGAGAUGGACGGGGUGGCGUCUGUGGCAGUCAACCUGACGACCGGGGUGGCGAGCAUCAAGCACCAGUCUGCGGUUGUGGGCCCGCGCGACCUCAUUGCGGCGGUGGAGGAGCUCGGGUUUGAGGCGCGGCUCGCGGCGGCGGAGGCGUCUGUGGACCGACUGACCAAGGCGAGUGAGACGGCAGACUGGCGGGCCAAGUUUGUGACGUCGCUGAUGUUCACAGUUCCCAUUUUCCUCCUCUCGUUUGUGUUUAACCAUGUCGAGCCUGUGAGCAGCUUUCUGGAGGCGCGGUCGUUCCUGGGCGCCUCGCACGCCAACGUGUUUCUGGCGAUACUCUCUGCGCCGGUCCAGUUUGGGCUCGGCAAGCCGUUUUACAUCUCGGCGUACAAGUCGAUGAAGCACUGGUCACCAACGAUGGACGUGCUGGUGGUGAGCGCGACGACGAUCUCGUGGAGCUACUCGCUGCUGGCGACGGCGGUGUCUGUGGUGCGGCCGAGCUACCGGGCGACGACGUUUUUCGAGACCUCUGCCAUGCUGCUCACGUUUAUUCUGAUGGGGCGGAUGUUUGAGUCGCUGGCCAAGGGCAAGACGUCUGCAGCAAUUACGUCGCUGCUCGGGCUCCAGCCCAAGACUGCGACGCUGCUUGUGCUCGAGGAGGAGGGCGAUGCCACAAGUAGUGAGGUCUCGCGCGAAGUCAUUUCGCUUGAUCUUGUGCAGCGCGGCGAUGUGCUGCUUGUCCAGCCGGGUGACGCGAUUCCGACCGAUGGGCGGGUGGUGAGCGGGCGGUCGACAGUAGACGAGUCGAUGAUCACCGGCGAGUCGAUGCCGGUGACCAAGGAGGCCGGAGACACGGUACUCGGCGGAACGAUCAACGUCAACUCGAGCUUCCGGAUGGAGGCGACAGCUGUGGGGUCGUCCACGGCGCUGGCGCAAAUCAUCAAGCUGGUGGAGGAGGCGCAGACGUCCAAGGCGCCGAUCCAGUCGUUUGCAGAUGGUGUGGCGGCCAAGUUUGUGCCUGGCGUGCUGCUGCUUGCGGCAGCCAACUUUGUGCUCUGGCUGGUGCUCACAUCGUCGGGCACGCUGCCGGCGGCAUGCUACCCGCACGGCUCGUCGGGCUUCCUCACCUCGCUCAUGUUUGGAGUCUCUGUCCUUGUCAUUGCCUGUCCAUGUGCACUGGGCCUGGCGACGCCGACGGCGGUGAUGGUGGGCACUGGCGUCGGCGCCGCGCACGGGAUUCUGAUCAAGGGUGGCGCGGCGCUCGAGUCGUGCCACCGGGUGACUACGGUGGUGUUUGACAAGACCGGAACGUUUACGCUCGGCAAGCCGACGGUAAUCGAGCAUGCGGCGUGCGCGGCGUGGUCCGAGUCUGUAGACGACGCCGAACUUGUCCUGUUCCAGCUCGCCGGUGCGCUGGAGGCCAACUCGCAGCACCCGCUUGCGCUGGCGAUUCUGGAGCACUGCAAGGGCACGCUUGGGCUGGAGCCCGGGCAGCUACCGGUGGUGAGCGAGUUUGAGUCUGUGACCGGGCACGGGGUGGAGGCGGUUGUGGUGGCGCCGUGCGACGUGGAGCUCGACGCGCUAGGAGUGGACGGCCCGGUCCGGGUUGCAGCUGGGCAGCCGCUGCGGGUCCGGGUCGGCGCGCCGCGGUUCAUGACGGCAGACGGGAGUGAGGGCGGCGAGCUGCUGAGCGAGAACGACAUGGAGAUUGGCGACUUUCUUGCAGAGCAUGAGCCGCUGGGGCGGACGGUGGUCCUUGUGUCUGUGGUGGCGGGCAGCAGCGGGCGGCAUGUGCUGCUCGGCGCGAUUGCGAUUGCCGACAAGGUGCGCCCCGAGUCUGCGGGCGUUGUGGCGGCGCUGCGGUCGCGCGGCAUCCAGGUUCACAUGCUGACGGGUGACAACGCAAUGGCGGCCAACUACAUCGGGACGCAGCUCGGGCUGCCGCCGGACUGCAUCACGGCCAACGUGCUGCCUGCACAAAAGGCAGCGGCGGUGCGUGCGCUCCAGGCGCAGGACGCUUGGGUGAACGGUGGGGCCAAGCCGAUGGUGGCAAUGGUGGGCGACGGGAUCAAUGACGCGCCUGCGCUCGCCGAGGCCGAUGUGGGCAUUGCCAUCGGAGCCGGGACGGACGUGGCCAUCGACGUGGCGGACGUGGUCAUCAUGAAGUCGUCGCUGGUAGACGUGCUGGUGGCGAUCGACCUCUCAUCGGUCACCUUUAACCGCAUCCGGCUCAACUUUGUGUGGGCACUGGUGUACAACUGUGUGGGCAUUCCGCUGGCGGCCGGAUGGCUGUACUGGUGCCCGUACUCGACGAUCAUGAUUCCACCGUGGCUCGGCGGCCUCGCCAUGGCUAUGUCGUCGGUCUCGGUCGUCUGCUCCUCGCUCUUGCUGCGGCGGUACAAGCCGCCGACGCUGGCUGAGCUGAUGAAGCCGGGCGCGGUGAGACGGCAGCGGCGGCAGGGAAGGGGAAUGCGCGACGAGGUGCCGCUGCUUGGCCCUUGAAUUAAAGGUGGUUGUGGUCUUUA